GCAGCAGCCGGGGGGCCCCCGCUGGAUUUUUGUAGGGGGGGUGGUAUCGCCCCCUCCUUCUCCUCCCCCCAGGGGUGAAAGUGCAAGAGGAAGUGCAGCCGCUGCCAUCUUUCCUCCGCUCCAAACACACAGGGACGGACGGGAGCCGGCAGCCCGGAGCCGCAGCCGCCGGAGCCCCGUCCCUCCCGGCUCGCUGCAGCCGCGCCGCGCACGCCCCUUCCCGCGGCGGCCGCAGCGCCUCGUGGCGGCCGGGCCCGGGCGGAGCUCGCAGCGCUCGGCGGCGGCCCCGCGCCCCUCCGCAGCCCGAGCCUUUUGUCUCGCCCCCCCUCUCCUUUCUUCCCCCCCCCCUCUCUUCUCCCUCCGCCCGCCAUCCCCUCGCACUGGGCAGGGAGCGCAGCGCGCACCGCCGCCGCCGGCCCGGCCAGGGGCGGGGAGGAGCAGGAGGAGGAGGAGGAGGAGGAGAAGGAGGAGGAGGAGGAGGAGCAGCGCGCCGCCCGGCGGCCCUGAGAGUGCGCGCCCCCUGCGGGCGCCAGCGGGGCGGCGCAAGCCCCAUGGAGCGGGUGAGCGAGGCCGCCGCUUGCGGCCCCUCGUCGGGCUGCUACACGUACCAGGUGAGCCGGCACAGCGCCGACAUGCUGCACAGCCUCAACCAGCAGCGCAAGAACGGCGGCCGCUUCUGCGACGUGCUCCUGCGCGUGGGCGACGAGAGCUUCCCGGCGCACCGGGCGGUGCUGGCCGCAUGCAGCGAGUACUUCGAGUCGGUGUUCAGCGCGCAGCUGGGCGACGGAGCAGCCGGCGGCGGCGGCGGAGGAGAAGGGGGCACGACGGAGGCGGCGGCGGCCGGUGGUGCCGCGGCAGCGGCCGGCGGUGCCCCCGGGGGCGGGCGGGAGCUGGAGAUGCACACCAUCAGCUCCAAGGUGUUUGGAGACAUCCUGGACUUCGCCUACACGUCGCGCAUCGUGGUGCGGCUGGAGAGCUUCCCAGAGCUCAUGACGGCUGCCAAGUUCCUGCUGAUGCGCUCGGUGAUUGACAUCUGCCAGGAGGUCAUCAAGCAGUCCAAUGUGCAGAUCCUGGUGCCCCCUGCACGCCCCGACAUUAUGCUGUUCCGCCCGGGGGCUGCUGACCUCGGUUUCCCUCUUGACAUGACCAAUGGUGCCACCUUGGCCCCCAAUGGCAACGGCAUCGCUGGCAUGCCUGAAGACGAGGCCACGCGGGCUGCUCUCACCGCGUCUCAGUCCUCCCUGCCCGUUCUGCAGGGUGUGGACCGCCUGCCCAUGGUGGCAGGCCCCCUUUCCCCACCACUGCUGGCCUCACCCUUUCAGAACGUUGCUGCUAGUGUCCCCACCUUGAGUACCAAGAGGGGCAGAGGGCGUCCCCGUAAAGCCAACCUCUUGGACUCCAUGAUGUUUGGUGCCCCUGGGGGGCUGCGAGAGGCUGGCAUCCUGCCUUGUGGCCUCUGUGGGAAAGUGUUUACGGAUGCUAACCGUCUUCGUCAGCACGAGGCUCAACACGGGGUGACGAGCUUACAGCUGGGCUACAUAGACAUCCCACCCCCGAGACUGGGUGAAAAUGGUGUCCCUGGUCAGGAUGACCCCGAUGCCCCCCGAAAGAGAAGCAGGACGAGGAAACAGGUGGCCUGUGAGAUCUGUGGCAAGAUUUUUCGGGACGUGUACCACCUGAAUCGGCACAAGCUGUCGCACUCUGGUGAGAAGCCUUACUCUUGUCCAGUGUGUGGGUUACGGUUCAAGCGGAAAGACAGGAUGUCCUAUCAUGUGCGAUCUCACGAUGGCUCAGUGGGAAAGCCCUACAUCUGCCAGAGCUGUGGAAAAGGCUUUUCCAGGCCAGACCACUUGAAUGGACACAUCAAACAGGUGCAUACCUCAGAGAGACCUCACAAGUGUCAGCAGGAAAAUGGCAGCCACCAUGGAAUAAGCUCAGAGACAUCCACAGCCAUAGAAAAGUUGAAACUUCAAGAGACUUGUAAUGCUUCCUUUGCCACUCGUGACCGACUGCGUUCACACCUAGCAUGUCAUGAAGACAAAGUUCCAUGCCAGGUGUGUGGGAAGUACUUGCGGGCAGCAUAUAUGGCAGAUCAUUUGAAGAAACAUAGUGAAGGACCAAGCAAUUUCUGCACUAUCUGUAAUCGAGGUUUCUCCUCUGCCUCCUACUUAAAGGUCCAUGUUAAAACCCACCACGGUGUUCCCCUUCCCCAGGUCUCCAGGCACCAGGAAUCCAUCCCGAAUGGGGGAGCAGCGUUCCACUGCGUCAGGACCUAUGGCAUCAAAGAAGGACAGAAAUGUUCACAUUCGGACCCGAUUGAGAGUUCUGAUUCAUACGGAGACCUCUCUGACACCAGUGACCUCAAGACUCCUGAGAAACAGAGCACCAAUGGGUCCUUCUCGUGUGACAUGGCAGUCAGCAAAAACAAAAUGGAGACGGAGGGAGAGAAGAAGUACCCGUGCCCUGAAUGUGGCAGCUUUUUCAGAUCAAAGUCUUAUCUGAACAAACACAUACAGAAAGUUCACGUCAGGGCCCUCGGUGGCCCACUGGGGGACCUUGGUCCUGCUCUGGGAUCCCCCUUUUCACCCCAACAGAACAUGUCUCUUCUGGAGUCAUUUGGGUUUCAGAUCGUCCAGUCAGCAUUUGCGUCAUCCCUAGUGGAUCCAGAGGUCGACCAGCAACCAAUGGGGCCAGAGGGAAAAUGAGAUCAGUUUGACCUUAAAGCAAAGCAGCAGUCUGGCUAUAAUGAUAAGAUGCUGUGAAUGAAAGAGGAAAUAAUGAAAUUUGGUUCUAUAGCUGAGAAUUUUUUAAUUCAUUUUAGCUUCCCUCUUUGUCUCAUGCUCUACCCCACCUUUAAACCUUCUCUGGGGAGAGGGUAAAAAUGCUUCUUAGCUGAUAAAUUACAGAAGACUGUGACCUUGGAUAGGAGACAUGAUUUAAAACACCAAAUGGAGCUUUAGAGGCUGCAGUGGGUGUUUUGUCAUGAUUUUCUAGAAUAAAAAAGAAGUUGCCAGCACUGAUCUGAAAAUUAGAGACAGUCCUAGUGACCAAGGCACACGGGGAGCUACAGCUACACGGAGCUAUACUUUGUUCCCUCUCUAUUCCCCAUCUUCCCUAACCCACCCCAGAAAAACACAGUAAAUUUUAAAAACAGACCCGUUAUUGACUGAAUAUAACAUUAAGAAAAAUGCCCCAUGGUUACAAUGCAGUUGUCCUUUUAAAAACAAACAAACAAAAAUGUGAAGAAGGUGAGAGAAUUUGAACCCCUUCUGCCAUUUGUGAGGCUGUGAGUGCUUCAGCAGAACUGAACUGCUGAGAAAAAUCACCAUUCAGAACAGGUUUUAUUAUUUUUAACCAUUGAACUUGUCAGGUUUUUAAUUCUCUAUUAUUAUUAUUUUAGGACCUGUUGUAGUGAAUUGCUACUAAAAAGCCGGUCUAAGGCGAUCACAGAGCACUCUUAAAGCAGCAGUCACAUUAGGGUUAGUAUUAAUUUUUUUUUAGAUGUACCAUGAUUAAUAACUUGGCUAGUUGAUUGUUUUAAGUCUAUGAAAGAAAUAGUUUUAUGGGAAAAAAAAAAGGAAAAAAUACCAUUGCAGUCUGGUUGACUGGUGCUCAUUUUUCUUGUGGGGACCUAGGGUAUAAACAUGAUCAGCUAUCGGGUUAACACUAUGUACCACUGACUUGUUUAGUGUGAAUAAACCCAGGGGUUCACAGAGUGAUUUUGGUUUAAUUGGAUUGGACUCUAUUAAAGAAGUUAGUAUGUUACUUUGCAUCCCCUCGUUUUGUCUGGUUUUUGAGCAAUUUAGCCACCUGUCCAAAAGGUGAGCAAAUGAGAACCAGUAAAUACGAUAUUAAUCCCUCUCUCCAUUGUACUGUACUCUCAGUGACCUGGGCUUUUUGGCUACAGUCGUGCUUUCCUGAUCUGCCUUUAGUCAGGUUUGCAAAAGCCAGUCUUACUCAUUUCUUUUCCAAGAAGGGUUUCUGCUAUAAGAGAUGGGAACUGUGAACAGUAGAUUUCUGAAAAAUAAUUGAUAACAAAAGGCAAAGAAGCAGCGCUUCUAGGCUGUUUGAGGUUCCAUUUAAUCUGAAAAAAAAACAAACACUUGUGCAGAAAUAGUGUCCUUUCUUGGCCUUCCCUCUCCUCCCAUAUAGUUUUUCAAGGUCUUUAUGUACCAAAUCCAGGUAUAAAUGUUUGAUUAGCUCAACACAGGGUUAGGAGUUAGGAAUACUCUGAGUUAAAAUUAUGGUUCUGCUAUUGAUGUUCAAAGUCGUGUAGGACAGUUCAUUGAAUUUAUUCCUUGAUUUCCUAUCUGUGCAGAGUUUUCUCUACAUCACCAAAUAGUUGUUGUGAGGGUUAAUGAAAAAAGGUUAAAGAAGUGAUUUGGUAAACCAAACUGCUAUGUAGGUACUGAGUAUUUCUAGAGAGGCCACUCUGAAGAACCCAAGUCCCACACCAUUCUCGUAUUCUGUGAAACAAUAGCAUUCGUUCCCCAUCAUUAAUGCAAUGACAGGACAGACCACCGCAGACCAGGACCUACAUCCUCUGUAAGAGGUAUGCCUGCAUUAAAUGCGAACGUAGCCACAAACUGCUGCUAUGGCACUCUGUGUUGUACAGGCGCUCCUAAUCCAAACCCUGCAGCUAAUCUAUAACUGAAAUAAGAUGUUGUGGGAUACAUUCCUCUGUUAAUUUUGCAUUGAAAACAUAGAAUAUUUUGUAAGUAUAUAGUUUUUGGAAUGUCAUUCUAAGCUCUACUGAUUUAGAAGCACCAGCUUCUCUCAUGUAAGAAGCUAUAUUUUAAUGCUUCCUCUUGAAUAUUUUAAGUGGAGGGUGAAUAAUCAAUGGUUUUCUCUUCACAGUACUAGCACUUUCUAAAUUGAAAGCAUGUUGCCGCCAUGGACUUGACAUUUUGCUAUUAGUUUAGGUUGGGAGACUGAAAGACACAUUCUUCUCCAUUCAUCUUCUCCCAGAAUCCUGGGAAUAGGCGUGAGCCUUAUUUAAAAGGGAAAGGAAGAAAACAAACAAACAAACAAAAAACAACAACGAGGAGAAAAAACACUCACCCACCCCACCCCCAAACCAAAGCUUCUAUUGCUGUUGCUGUACUGAUAAGCUUAUUUGGCAAGCAGAAACAGGACAUUUCAGAAAGGUAACAAAACAGUUUAAAAUAAUUUACAAAUCCAGACCAUGGCAAGGCAACCCUGUAAACUGCCAAGCAAGUCAAGAUAGAGCAGGUUUCCCACUCAGCAUAACAAUUCAUUUGGAUUAGCAAAUGCAACUGCAGUCACACUGCUUUAUGGGUAGCUGGUAUUUAAGCAGUGAGCAGCAAGCCAUCAGCAAGCUUUCUGUUGAAUUGAGGCUGUAUUCUGAAAGAUGCAAGAAGUUGGUGUCCCCAUUGUUCUAUAUGCACUUGAAGAACAUGCAGUAGUCAUAAAAGUCAAGACCAGAAUAAAGGUAGUUUUCAUCCUAGUUUUAGCUCCCCUGACUUCAGUGUUACUAGUGGGUUGGAUUUUGGCCAUGUGCAAUUUUGAACGCUACAGAUUUUGACCUGAUAAAACAAAUAAAUGAAAAGCCUUGAACAAAAAAGGAAGCCUUCUAAAACACUAAGUGUGCAUUUUGGUUGUCAGAGAAAAUGCUUGCUAAGUUGUCAUGAAUAAAUUGAAUGGAAGCUACAUAAUUCUCAGUCUAGUGAACAGGAAAACAAUUAGGCAGUAAAUUAACAAUCCUGAAAUUACAGUUCUAGAUCAUCCUAGUGUAAAUGGGAGAGAUUUGCACCCACACAGAGAUCGGUGCAGACUAGUUCCAAAAUGAGUUGGGCAGAUCUCAGCAGAGGUGGGUUUUCAGAGCUCUUUGCUGCUUUGGAGGAAUAUUACUCAGUUCUUGAUAGGAAUUUAAUCUAUAUACAAAUUUUUUACCUUCUGUACUUUGGGAAGUGUCUGCUGCUCACAGAUCAGAGGACAGAUCCAAACAGAAAACAGCCUCACCAGUUCAAAGUUCAAAUGGAAAUACUUAAUGUGCCCCAAGCUGCAACUUCACUUAACUUAUUUCUAUUAUGUUUUUAAUUGGCAUGUCAGUGUAUAGAUGAUAACUUUAUUUUUUUUCUUCUUUGCUAGGACCGCAAUCCACUGUUUGAGUCAGUGCACUUCUCUGCAAAGAAAGGAACUUCAGUUCAUGCAAAUUUUGAUAAUCAGAGUAGUAGUAUUUCUUUGUAUUACAGGAGUGCUUAAACCCCUCAACUGUGGCUCAGGCCCUUGUAUAUUAGGUAUGAUUAAAAUAUCUUCAAACAUUUAUAAUUUAAGCAUUAAUGAUAGACAAGAAAGGAAUAGAUGCCAGCAUUUUACAGGUGAAUGAAUGAAACAGGUGAAGGACUAAAAAAUGAUUGUAUGCAUGCUUAAAUGUGUCAAACGUAGGAUCUUAGACUUAUUGUUAGGCUUUUCUUUUUGCCUAAAGUAAUUUAUGUCCCCAAGAAAUGCAAGGUAAAGCAUUUUAAUAUGAGUUUAUUCCAUACUGAGUUACAUUAAGUGACAUUACCUUGCAUUUGCCACCUGCUAGAUGUGUGCAGACUUAAAGUGUGGCUUGUUUGAUGCAUGGUAAUGUGAUGGUGUGUGAGCUUUCAGUCUUAAGUGGUUUGCCCAUGAUGUUGUGGGAAAUUGAUAGCAGAACCAGAAAUUGAACACAGAAUUUCCUUCUCUCAAUCCAGUGCCUUAACUAUAAUAGGGCAAAGUAUUAUGUGGUUGGCGGGGAGGGGGGAGGCUGUUUUGUUUGUUUUUUAAAGCCUAGAACCAUAAGAUUGUGUGGAGUUGGUCUUCAUUGCAAUCUUUUGAAUAUUUAAUUGCAAAUGCCCAGUCACAAUUUUAGAUCUAUUUGAGUGCCAGUGACUUAGGGAAUAUUUGUGAUUUCCCAUGUAUUCCCCAAAAUUGUUGUUCCUUCCUCAACUGCUAUCAGCAGUAAGGAAUGACUUGAAUAGAAGAGCUGUGUAACUGAAUGUCUAUCUAACUCAACUAAUUGAAUUGAUAGUAUGAAAGCUAACCUAGAUUUUGUAGGCUCUGUUGUAACUUUAGUGUCUUGUUUUUUCACUAAAUCUUUGUUCCUAGAAAUCAGUAUCUGAAUUUAUGUCUUGAGUCUGGAGUGGAGUACCACUUUCAGCUUUAAUUUUUUUUAAGGUGCUUGCUUGAGGAAGUAGAUGCCAAAGUAAAUUUGAAAGGAACUCUGGACUUCAGUGUUGAAAGAAUGAAUGGAGAGCAAGAGCUCGCUCCGGGUUUCAUGAGAGAUGAAUGGACAAAGU